CGGCACAAAGGAACUGCGUCACCCAUUGCAUAACCGGGCGUACACUCCGUGGAGAGAGCUCAGGCACUUGAGAGUUUGCAGCUUGCCUUCUUUCUACUAAAUCAAGUAAACAUGUUUCAAGGAAUCAGGAGGUCACGCGCACAUGAUGCGAACAAGCAAUUCACGGAACAAGUUGACGGCCUACGGCUCAGGUAACACGGAUAAUAAUGCCAUGCAGCCAAAAGAUUUGCAAACGAGGUGCUCUGGUAUAUGCGUGCAUGCAUUGUGGGAAGGGCAGGGAAACAUGCAAGAAGACAUAGAAAUAUCGUCAGCCUGAUACCAUCAGUAGGAAAAAGGACAUUUGAAAGGUCAACGGGGAGGUUUAAUCGGCCCCCACCUCGGCAUCAAAGCGUGGGUCCUGACAGACGUCGCUGAUGUUAACAGGCAGUCCCGUGGAAGCCACCAGCUCAGCAAUGCUGUUAUUGAUCAGCCAAUCAGAACACGAUAGCUUCUCCAUGCUGAUGUGGCCAAUAACACACAGAUAGGAAACAACAGUCACGUCAAGGCAGAUCAUCCGACAUGACAGCAGUAAAUAUUGCAAGAGUUUCACCUGAUGUCGCGGUCCAAGUUGCACAGGGGCGACAUGAGUUCAAACGUCUUGGAGAACUUCACGACCUGUAAGAAGAGCCACCACAGCGACGACAUUUAACAACAAAGACGAGAGGGGUUUGAGAUGCUGAUAAAGAGCCAGACGUCUCACGGGCGAGUCGAUGUCCUCCAGGAGAAGCACGGAGCAGCGUUCACACUGCAAGAGGGUCAGGGCUCGCUGCAUGAUCUUCCUGACGAUCUUCUCCAGGAAUCCAAACCCACCUCACAGGCCACGAGCUGAGACGAGGGAGUCCAGUUCACUGUUUCCACUUCUAUCUGGACCGAGGUGCCUGCUGUCGCCGUCUGCAUCAGGAGGACGAGAGAAAUGUCUCUGGAUUAGUUCCUUGCCAAUCAGAAAAGGCGAUAUCGUUCCCUCCUCGGUGCUUCAUCCCUUCUGAGUCAGAGCUCCGGCAGCCAGAUGGAGCCCAACUCUUCACUAACCCACGGCUUCGCAUUUGAUUUAUAUGACCAAUAUCGAUGUGGUUACGGAGGCGCCAUCAUACCUGAGCAGGUCACCAGUCAGCAGCUUUAUAGCAAUACUGGCAGCAAGAAAAGUAAACUUCGUCUCAAUGACCAGCUUGUACCAAAACCAACUGAUAUAAAUAUAGGGGAGAAAAUUAUCAAAAUUGCAACUCCAAAGGAACAUCCCUAUUCAUCCCACAUCUCCCGGUUUGCCAUGUUUCCAUCCUUCCACUCUCCAGAUGACCCUGAGACAGGGGUCAGAGUUGCCUCCCAACCCUACCCGAGCCAUCUCAUCCCAAAAAGUGCACCAGGCGUCACUCUGCUGAGUAAAACAUAUGGUGGUCCAUUUAGACAUGAAAUCUUGGAGACACCAAUAAAAACAAGGAAGGCUCUUUCGUGGACCGGACAACACGGCUUCUGGGAUCAUACAAAGCCACUGACGGGAGAGAACCAAGUGUUCUACCCCACUCCUCCAAAGACAGUGCUGCCCAACCCUAACCUCCGUGACUGGGAUUUGUCUCUAUCUGAGCGGACAAGCAACAUGUUGACAAAUGUGGAGAGGACACACUGGGUCACCACUUACCAAAGGCACUUCACAGGAUCUGGACCAGCAUGUCCUUUGAAGAUAGAUGAUUUCAAGGAAAAAAUGAGUGGACUCACUGGGAUGAAUUCACAGACUGUAACACAGAGAGAAAGGUCUUAUCCUGUGUUUGUUCCCGCUAAACCAAGACACGCAUGUAGGAGAAGACAGGGGAGCGGCACAUGCAGUCCCACUGCUGCUGACCUCCUAAAUCCAUCUAAUCAAGUCGGCACUGCUACAGCUCCUACAAACCAACACGGGCAACAAGAGAUCCCAGCCGAGCAUAAUGAGGCACCAGAUUUAAAUCCUAAGGGCCACCGUCAAUCAGAGAACAGCACAGAAGCACAGAGGGCUGAGCUGUCCCGGGAGGUCUCACACAAACAACAAAUCGAGGGCAAAAGUUCCGUGUACGUGGACGGGGAGGGAGAAAACAGCAAAGUCCGGUUUGAUGAAAGUCUCAUGCAAGACGACACAGGGAGACCCCCGGACCUGCACAACCGCCCACUGUCCAACAGAGAGAUAGAUGUGAACAGAGAGAAAAGCCUGAGCAACCUCUGUCAUGAACCGAGCAUCAAGAAGCAGCAUUUUAAAGUCGGAAGAAGUGCAUCCAAACACCAGGUAGCUAUGGACUCACACACUGAGUUACUAUCAAGGCCUGCUGCAGAGCAGGGGAGACGAGCAGAGGGCAGAGAGCUGUCACAGGGUAUCUCUAACCCCUACGUGCCGCUGAGGCCUCCCGCCCUGCCAGGCAUCGGCCCAGUUGGGACCGCAGGUGGAGAAAAUGCAGCCCUCCGCCUCCUGGACCUUCAGAAUUCGUUCAGCAAGUCGGCAGCCCAUCGCAGCUUCAACAGCUCCAUCACACGUGCUGCUGUGAACCUGACGGACAAUGUGGUCACAGGGAGAAAACACGACUUCUAUGGGAUCAACUGCUACUACCUCCACGGAUAGUCACAUGCAUAUUUGAACCCUCUUUGGAAGAAAUAAAGUAGUCUUCUAACACUUGGUUUUGCAACUACAUAAUACUUAAUGUUGAAAUUGAAUUAGUUAACCUUGAAUACAGUUUUUCUUUUGAAUACUGUAAACUUAAAUUUACUACCUGCAUUUGGGAGCCUUUAAAAACCUUCAGGGGAAACUCAUAGGGGAAAGUCAAAUAAUUUGAAUGCAACAUACUGUAUAUUCAGAGGUGCUUUCAUUUCAACAUCACUGCUACAGUCAUGGUUGACUUUCACGAUCUUGUGACAUUUAAAAUGGUUGUAAGAGUAAAAUUAUUACGGCUAUGAGUUGCUUCCAAAAGCCAGUUGGCAGUGGCUGGUUGUGAAGGCUGUAAGAAGGACGGGUGGAUCUGAAGUCUGUGUCUCAUUUCUUUUGAGCAGACUGUUUAUUUAACUCAGUAGUUAUGCACUAUUUUGUAAGUAUCACAAACUGUCAGGCCAAAUUUGCAAACAUUGUUCAUUUGCUCUUAAAUUACAUUUAAAUUAGCAAUAUUCAUUAGAGCCCAUGAUGUAUUAUACACUACACUUACAUAAGACUCCCGUAAGCCAUGGCUCACUGUGAGGGUAAAAUAAAAGAAACAGCCUUCAAAGCCUUCAUACUUCACAGACAGUGAAUAUUCUACAGCAGUAAAUUCAUAACGAUGCACAGAUGAAUACUUUGAUCUUUACUGUAACGUCUCUAAGAACAUCAGGAGGACAUCUGCAUGCAGCUGAUUCCUCACAGGGUUAUAUGUCACAGGGCUCAUCACGGAGCAUUGUGCAGCCUGCGGUAUGGAAUCCACCUCUCUGUGUUGUAGGUGCUGCAGUGACCGCUUCAGCUCCACACUGUGAAAGGGAAAAUGCCUUUUCACACAUUAUCUGUUGCAGUCAGGUUGACUCUCUGUGAAAGGGUUUUUUUGUGACGGAAAGUCCUUGAGCAGCAAGCCUGCAACCUCGAGUGAUAUAACAGCCUUUCAUUCAGAGGUUCAGAGAGAAAGGAAAAUCAAAUAAUAGAGGGCAACACAGCAAAAAUUGACCGUCGCAAUUUUCUUGAUGAAUAUUGCAGACAUUUUAAAACUGUGUGUGGUAUUUUCUCACAAUGCAAAUCCCCAAGGGCAUAUGAGACAACAGUGUUUUUGUUGUUGUCAUUAUUGUUUUGCCUUUUGUGAGCAAAUGUGCAUUUUUGAAAAAAAAAAUAUAGUUAUGUUACAUUAAUCAUCAGUAUAGAUGUUCACGCCCAAUUAGUAACUCAUUUGGUUAAUGCUCAUCUUUUUUGUAUAUAUAUGUAUACCAGAACUGUUAAUGCAUCCUUGUGACUACAUUUCUUUUAUAAUGCCAUGAACUGACAAUCCGUGAUUCAACUGUUUGCCCAGCAGGUGGUGGUAUAUACUCAUAUAAAUCAUCACGCCCUGUUAUUUGUCGGUCAGAGUGUAUAGUAUUUUUCUUUCUGAUGUGUUUUCGUUAUUUUCACAUAAUUUUGUACUUUCCAACAUAUGACAUAUUUUAAUUAACUAAUUAAUUGAUUAAAUAUCAGAUUAACAUUCAUAAA